CUGAAAUCCCGCCAGGUCUCGCGAGGAUACAGCUGCAGAGCGAAACAUGAGCAGCAGGCUCUGGAACAAUGAAGCCUCCGACACGUAAACGCGCGACCCCUCGCCGCUAUGACGCCCCCACCGCGGCUCCUGCGCCGAACCUCCGUCUGGUGUGGACGACCAGGGAAAAAAAAGAGCUUCUGCAGGGGCUGAGGACCCAGAUGAGUGAAAAAACCCCAGUGGUGACCGUCCAGGGGCGCAGCGAUGCGGAGGUGUCUUCUUACUUUGCAUGGCUUCGUGGACGAGCCGCUCGUGAGGCGAUGCAGAUGGAAUACGGAAGGUUGGUUCGUCAGAAGAAAAUCCACGAGAAUCAGGAUCCAGCGGCCAUUGAGCUGUGGACGGAUCUGGCGAGCAGGAUCUGCAGCGCUACUGAAGACGCCAUGACCGCUGCUUUUUCGCAGGUGCUGACGAUAGCGUCAACAGAACCCGUGACCCUUCGUCACUCAAUUCCCUGCAAAGAACCUCCAGCGAUACCUGGCCAGACAUCAUCCCCUUGUGAAAAAAGCCCUCAGCACAAAGGAUCUUCAGAGGAGGGGCUUAGCUCUGCGGGGGAGGAGCCAACUGCAGCUAAUGGUGGUGAUGGCUGGAACAGUUUGGACUUUGAGAAAAUCUACAAAUAUCUUUCAAAAACUGUGAGGGGAGAGGCGCUUCCAAAGCUGUCUGAUUUUGAGUCUGCGGUCAUCCUUCGUCUCCUCCGCUGUAUCCCGGACCAGUUCCAGCACCUGGACGCUCCGCACAUCGGCCCCUACCUGUACGACACUUACACUUUCCUGACCACGGAGCUGGAAUCCGGGCACACCGAGAGGGAGGAGUCGCAAAGCGUAUCUCAGACGCCAAACUGGAAGGAGCUGGGGUUCUGCCCGCUUAACCCCUUCAUGAUUCCUCUGGAAAUGUUGAGGCAUAAAGAAGAGCGAGUAACGCCUCCGUGAUGUCUGUGUGUCUCCGUGUCGAGCUCCGUACUGCCCCCGUAGGUGGCACAGGGGCAUGCUGGGAGCUGUGGUUGGGUAUUUAUGACGCUCCUCUGGUCGGGCAGCGGUCCGUACGUGUGUACAUUUUUUUUAUUAUUUCUCUAUGGACCAUAUAAAAAUUUAUUUACAAUAAAAAUAAAUAGUUUUUGUGGUGUUUUUAGA